AUGUAUUAUGGUGUGGAAGGGGAAAAUCCCGGAGCUAGUACAGUUGAUCCAUGUGAUAUCAAUGGAGCCCAUUUUAAACCAGAUAUUUAUCUCAAUAAAUUGAUUAGAGAAAAACCCUUAACAGAGUUGAUGGAUAAAGAAAAUGAAAUGGUCAGACAGAUUAAGGCAUUAGAUAGUGAUAUGCAGACUUUAGUCUAUGAGAAUUAUAAUAAAUUUAUUAGUGCUACUGAUACAAUUCGAAAGAUGAAGAAUGAUUUUAAAAAGAUGGAGGAUGAAAUGGACCACCUAGCUACUAAUAUGUCAGCAAUAACAGAGUUUAGUGGUAAUAUUAGUAGUACUUUACAGGACCGUAGACAACAAAUAACAAAAUUAGCUGGAGUUCAUUCACUAUUAAAAAAGUUGCAGUUUUUAUUUGAAUUGCCAGCAAGAUUAAAGAAGUGUUUAGAUAUGAAAGCUUAUAGUCAAGCUGUCAGAUAUUAUACUAAAGCUAAGAGAGUGUUACAUCAAUAUCAACAUAUGCCUAGUUUCCAGGGUAUAAACAGUGAUUGUAAUAUUAUAAUAGAACAACUCAGUCAACAACUUAGACAACAAUUUAAAGAUAAAGAGUCUUCUCCCAAACAAUUAGCAGAAUGUGUUGAUUUAUUAUUACAAUUAAAUGAACCACCAGAAAGUUUAUGUGAUGAAUUUCUGUCUCAUGCUCGACAAAAAAUUGAUGAAGAUUUGAAUGUUUUGGAUCAUCAGAUUAAACUUCAAGCUGGUGAAAUAACUGCUACAGAUUUAGAACGACCUUCACAAGCUUAUCUUAAUACUCCUAUGGAUAUAUUAGAAUUUGUAGAUAAUGGUUGUAAUGGUUAUUUAAGUAAUAUAUGUUUAGUUAUAGCAUCUUAUAAAGAUAUGUUUCUUAACAGAUAUCAGGAUGAUGAGAAUUUAGAUACCAUUGCUCUGAGAAAAUUGUUUAUUUUUGUAACUGAUUUAAUGGAACAGUAUUUUAAUUAUGUUCAAAGAAGAGUUCAACUUGAGAAAGAAACUGGUGAUAAUGCUAUACUAGUAAGAGCUUUAGAUAGAUUUCAUCGUAGAUUACAAGCUAUGAAUAAACUUUUACCUGAUACAGACUUCUCUAGGGCUGGAUUAGAGAUUGUAUCUAAAGCUGCUAGAGAUAGGGUAGAACAUUAUUUAUUGGCUUUAAAACAACAUUUUACUGAUUGCAUGACUGAUAUACGUCAGAAAUUAGCAGCUCCUAGACCAGCUGGUAAACAUGAUGGAGCAGCUAAUCUAGCUGAAUUAUUAACUAAUAUGCAAUCAUCUGUUAUGGACCAAAUCAGAUCUGUUUUGAAUAACUUACAAGCAUUUACAGCUCCAGAUAUAACCUUUGCUAUGAAACCAUAUUUCCGUGGACCAUUCUGUAGUCAAGAUGUUAGAGAAGGGUUGAUUGUUUCCUUUAUAAAACAUAUCUGUACUACUUGUAAUGAUUUUUGUGAAUGCGUUGGUGAAAAAGGAUCUAUUCCACCAUCUUUAUUAUUAAUAUUAGCUAAAUAUUCAUCAGAUCUAGAAACAACAUCUAUUUCAUAUUUGGUUAGUUUAACAGAAGAACAGUUUUUAGUGGUAGAUAAGAGUAAUACAACAUUAGUAUCUGAAAUGUUAUUAUGGGCUAAAGAAACAGCUCAAAAAUUAUUAAAUCAUUAUGUUAGAGUCCAAGGUUUGACCAUCUCUCAGAUGUUAAGAAAGAGUGUAGAGACAAGAGAUUGGUUAAAUACUAUAGAACCCCGUAAUGUUCGUGCUGUCAUGAAACGUGUUGUAGAAGAUAUAACCUAUAUUGAUGUACAAGUUGGUCAGUUAUAUGAAGAAGGUGUACGUAAAGAGCGUAGUAGUGAUUCUAGUCGUAGAACACAUACCUAUAGUCAAUCUCAACAACAACGUAAACCACCCUGGAGCUAUUCUCCUAGUGUUGAUAACAGUUUAAUCAGCAACAUACAGAAAUUAUUCUCUGAGAAAAUAGAGAUCUUUAGUUCAGUGGAAUCAUCCAAAGUUUCUGUAUUAACAGGAAUUAUAAAGAUAAGUUUAAAGACAUUUUUAGAAUGUGUCAGAUUACGUACAUUUGGUCGUUAUGGUUUACAACAAAUACAAGUUGAUACACACUAUUUACAGCUAUAUUUAUGGAGAUUUGUAUGUGAUGAGAAUUUAGUACAAGUAUUAUUAGAUGAAAUUGUUUGUAGUACAAUGCAUCGCUGUCUAGAUCCUAUCAUGAUGGAACAAAGUGUCAUUGAUUUGAUAUGUGAAAGAGGAUAA